AUGGCUUCCAUUUCAUUACAUGAUGUAGGAAGACUUCGUCAGACGGAGGCAGUUUCUAAAUUGUCCCGGUUAAGUCCCACUUAUUUGAUGUUAUCAUCAGGCGUUUUCCUUAUUGCUUCUGUAAAUACUGAUAGUAAUCGAUGCAUUUUGGAACUUCUUGUGGAUGAUGAUGCUACUAAUAAUAAUAAUACUACUACUACUACUACAACGACUAAUAUGAUUGGUAAUAAUAGUAGUAGUAGUAGUAGUAGUAAUGCUAAUAGUACUGUUAAUGCUAAUGGUGUGAGUUCAACAUCAAGUAUGACAGCAGGAGAGAAAAAACGUUUGGAUUUUCUACGGACAUUAUUUCGUGUUCCUAGAACUUUAGAGGUUCUAGAGGAUGAAGGUGUCAUUACAAGUAUUGAACUGGUUCGUGAUUAUAGAAAACUUGAAGGAGGAAAAGAAUUAACGACAAGUAGAAAACGAACACUAGAAUCCCUCUAUGUUCAUCUCUUUAUUGGAACUUCUACUGGAACUGUAUUUAUAUGUAAUGCACUUCGAGCAACAAUAAUGGCAUUAGCACAAUUUCAAUAUCAUGGAUCUAUUGGACGAGAUCCUGUAGAAACUCCUCAGGGAAAUACAGGAAUGAGUCGUCAUGUUAAUGAAUCUGUUGUUCGUUUUGCUGUACAUUCUACUGGACCAGAAACUCGUCUUAAUGCUAAUAUUGCCCAAAGUACAGCUUCUAUGCCUAUGGAAACCCUUCACUCUAUUUAUAUUGUACAUAGUAAAGGACGAGUAGUUGUAUUGGAUCGAGUAGCACUGGAUGUAUUUCUUACUGUUGCUGAAGAACGUCUUGAUGGAAAACGACCCUAUUUUGUACUAGAGUGGUCUCCAGAUAGUAAUAUUAGUUCAUUCCCUACAGCUGGUCCGGCUGCACACUUUGCAUCUCAUGUAGAACAUGUUUUUAUAUUAUCAGAGAUUGGUGGAUAUUCUUCUAUAGAAUUACAAACAAUGCAUUCUACAGAAUUUAUUGGUGUGGAGCGUUGUAUUCGAGAUGCGGCUUUCUUUUUUAGUAAUAAAGGAGAUACGACGGCUAUUCUCCGUGAUGGUCCAAAGGCUUUGGAGUCUAUGCUUUUAUGUGGAGAAACUCCUGCACUUUCUAUGUAUACAUUUGAAAAUACACGUGCGGCGUUUUCUACACGACAAACCGUUAAAGCAUUAGUUUCUGUAAUUGGUGGAAUGGCUAAAAAAGUAUGGAGAGGUUCUUCUGAAACUGAAGUAGUGAUAAAACCUAAACAUCUUGCGAAAAAACCACAACUUGCAAAAGAUGCUUUCUUUGAAGCUGAUUUAGUAUUUAGUAUGGUUCAAGUAGAUCCUACUUCUCAAUGGGCUGCUUGUUAUAGUGAAAUGGCUGGACGAAUCUAUUUAUAUGAUUUAAUGGGAGGAGCAAUGUGGCGUGUGAUGAAAGGAUGUCGAGCUGCAGAGUUUCAAUGGCAUUUAACUACUAUUGGUGGAAAACGAAUGUUAUUACUUGUUAUUCAUCUUCCUCUUCGACAUGCUAUUGAAGUGUAUUCCUUACGAUUAGGUCAACGAGUGGCCGCACGACAUAUUCCAGAAGGAUCUAUUUUACUUCGUCCAGACUCUUCUUCCUUAUCUUCUUCUUAUUUCUCAGUUUUACUGUUAACACCUACUCGUCAUGUGAUGCAAUUACGAGUGGGAUUGAAUAAUAAUGAUGAAGGAGUGGGAAAUCUUGUUUCUUCCGUUAGUUUUCAUGAUUCUAUGUAUGAACCACCAUUACCUUCUAGAAAGAAACGAGAAAAAAAUUCUCCUAUGAUGCCAUGUGAUAUUAUAAAGAAAGUAUUUAAUCUUUCACUUCCUAUUCCUAUUACAGAUAAUAAUCUUUUUGAUAAAUAUUACUCUCAGAUGAAGGGAUUGGAAAAUAAUAUCAAAACGCAUUUCUCUCCUGGAGUUUCAGAUGAUCGAUGUCUUCCUAAAAAUGUGAGAAUAACAGCAGAAAGUAUACCACGUAAUUUAACAUCUGCUCAAUCUCUUAAUUUUGUAGAAUUACGACUUGCUUGUGUAACGAAUUAUCGUCGUGCACUCAUGAUGAGAUCCAAUGAUGAUGAAACACAACAACAACAAUUACUACAACAACAACAACAACAACAACUUUCUUUAUCAUCUGGUUCAUCCUUAUCUUCUUAUUAUAUGAUGCCUUUAUUUUCAAAAGAAGAUGGAAAAGUUAAUGGUUUACUAGAACAAGCCGUACAAGUAGCAGGAGAAGCCUUUUUAUCGGAUAAUUCUGUAUCUAUUUCCUCUCAACUUGGUGAUGUAUUAACCUCUAUUCAACGAUAUUUAAAAAUACAUAUUAAUUCCACAUUAAAUGAAAAAGAUGGAAAACUUUCUCCUAUUCCUCUUGAAGAGUUUUUAUCUUUUUUUCAUUGUUGUGGUUACAAAUUGGAGUUUUUACGUGAUGUGGUACGAGAAUAUGAUCAACAUAGUGAAGUGACACGUAAUAUUUGGGCUGAAAUUGGAGAUGUUUUCUUUGGAUCUGGACGUGGAAUUGGUUGUUUAUUACAGCAAUUAGAAGUAUUUAGUGCAUUAGGAUUUCAAACUUUGGAUGUUGGGAUUGUUGCAUUAUGUUGGCUUUCUCAUUCCUUUGUAUAUACACCAACAUUAAUUUGUAAUGCUCCUUUAUUACAUUUAGUUUUUUUAUUAAAAACGUGUAGUGAUGCUGCCUUUCUUAGUGGAAUUGAACAAAUUACGUUUUUAACAAAUAUGACGCCUCAUCAUUAUAAACGUACAGAAGCAUCUUUAUUAUUAAUGAUUCUCUGUAUUAUUAUCCGUCAACUCGUUAAACCUAUUGGUCAGAGUUAUCACAAACAUUGUUCCCAUUUACUUCAGCAACUUUUAUUAUUACGUACUCUUUUUAAUCAAUGUGAGAGUCAUAUUACACGAUAUACAUCUAUUUCUAUUAAACAUAGAUUUAAAAAGUUGCGAUUGGGUGAAUUACGUCUUUCUGAUGGGGGAGGUGAUACUCUAAAUAUAUGGUUUUUUAGACUCUUUGAUACUUCUCUGGCUUCUAUUUUUUCUGAAAACGUUAUGGGAAAUGAUGAACUUAAGAAAUCCUUGGCUGGAGUGGAUAUGGUGGUAUUAUUAAAAUUACUUUCUAUACGAGAAAGAGAAGAAGAAGAAGAAGGAAAAGAAAAGGAUCUUAAUUGGAGUCAGAAAACUCCUUGGUAUGAUGAUGGUACGUGGAAUCAUAAUACUUUUAAAUCUUUUGUAAUACAACCAUGCCUUACUUUUGUAGAUGAUUUUAAGAGAGAGAAUGAAGAUGGUAAAUCUAUUCAUCCUUCAUUAACUCCACCACAAUUAGCAGGUUUAUCUAUUAUAUUGAUAUCAUGUAUAAUAGUACUUGAACGAGAAUUAGUUCCACUUAGAGAUAAGACACUUUCAUUUUUGCAGAAUAAUACUAUUCCAGAUGCGAAUCUUUUUGAAGGAGGUGAUAUCUCUGUAACGAGUUCUAUACAACAUCCAAAAGGAAGUCGUUCGACACGUGAUUAUUUUAAUAGUUGUUAUGAAGUUUUGGAUUUUAUUCAAAUUAUCUGUCAUCAACUUAUAGGAUCUCCUGAUAAUUAUGAAUGUGGGAAAAUUAUAGAGAUUAUACAAAAAUUAUUAUCACAGGAUGAUGAUGCUGUUUUUUCACUUAUUCCUGUUAUGAUUCGUAAUCAACUAAAGAAGUUUAUGGAUUUACUUUCUAAUAGACCUGAAAUAUUACUACGACGUAUUCAAGAAGCCCGUUCAUUUGUUAAAACAAUUAUGUUUUUUGCCUUUACAGAAACAGGAUCUCGAGCAUCCAACUUAUCUUUAUUGCCUUCUCAACCACUUUCCAUUCCAUGGGAUUCGAUGUUUGAAAAGAGAGUUAUUAUGUUUUCUCUCUUACCAGAUUAUCAUCAUCAUCAUCAUCAUUCUAGUGAGUCGACUUUAGGAGAUAAAGUUAUGGAAUCCAGAAUGAAAGCACGUAGUACACUUUUAAAUUAUAUGGUCUUUAUAGAUCUAAUGAAUUCCCAUACAGAGAAAUCUUUUCAUUUAGCAGAAAGUUUAUCGAAAUCAUUAGGAUUAACAGAAUUUAUUCGUGAUAUGCCUCAACUUAUCCUUUUUGAUGCUGCUGCAAGACAACUUUUUCCUGGAAAUGAGUUAAAAAGACUUUUAAAUGGAAUAAAAAAUCGACAUUUAGCUGCUCGUAUAGCUGCAAUAGACUUUAAAAUUAUUAUUACCUGUUGUUUUAGAUAUUAUACGAAUGUUAAGAAGAAUACACCUAAAGAAAAUCGUUCGGAAUUACAACGUAUUGCAUUAAAACUUCAAAGUAUGGAUAGUGCCAUGUCUGAUGAUUGUCGUCUGUGGAUUCAUUCAGAUAAUGGUAUAAGAAGAGAUGCGGAUCUCUCAGGAGAUAUGGAGGAGAAGGAGAAGAAGGAUGAAGUUCAUACAGAGUCAUUACCUUUGGAGUAUAAACUGGUGGCUUGUUCGAAAUGGUAUACACUUCCAUUAUUUCGUGUAGUGGAGCGAAAAGUUUGGGAACGACUACAACUUCCACGAGAUUCUGAACAGUUAGUGGAUUUUAAUGAGAAUUUACUUACAUUAGCACGUGUGGCUGCUGAGGGUAAACCGACGCUGGGAUCUGAUCUGCGUCGUUUUGCGGAUGAACUGCCUUCGGUGGCAACACGUCUGGCUGCUGUGUUUCAAGACUAA